AUGUCCAUCGAAAUUGUUUCCGAAGGUGGAAACUCAUUCGAUCUCAUCGAUCCCAAAGGCCAGUUCAGUGUGAGUGUGGCAGAGGCACCAGUCGAAAUUACAGAUUUUACAAACCGCAUCGGUAUGGAGGAGACCCCAGUCGAUCCAAAACUGUGCACUCUUUGCAAGGAGAACAAUCAUAAAUACAAAUGCAAGUAUUGUGAUCUACGAUACUGUUCUGUGAAAUGUUCCAAUGUACAUAAGGCCGAUACAAACGAUCAUGAGGAAGAGAAAGAAAAACUUGCUUUAGCUCCUCCUACCAAGAUCUCAUCACCUAUAUCUAAAGAAAAGUCUAUAGCUCAACCAGGAACUCUUGCUGCAGCCCACGCCAGAGGACCUUUCGAAAUUCUGAAUAACUCGAGCGACCUCAAAGAACUGUUCAAAAAGUACCCAAAUUUGCGCUCACAACUAGAGGCAGUUGAUACUGCGACUCUUCGCCCAACGGGUUUCGGUGCGCAUAAAUGGAAUCAGGAUCAGGGGUGGGAGAAGGGGAAGGACGCUUUAAAGAAAGCAAGGAUGUAUUAUGGCAAAGACGGCGAAGGCAUUCGAGAAUAUUGUAACCUUGUUUUACGACUACUUGGUGACGCAGAUGAGGAGGACGACGAGGCGGCAGCAGAGCUUCUGCGGAAAGAGGCGUUGGCUGAAAGCACCAGGGUUAUUCAGGCACUCUUGGAAUCCGAGAAGAGAAGAUGA